UAAAACCAUAUUUUUAACAGAAAAUAUGUUGAAUUUUAGCGUAAACAUGCGUAAAUAACGAAGUAAAACGUUUGGAAUUUGAAGCAGAAGGAUCUUACACGAGACUGGUAUCCAAAUUGAAUAUCCCGGCGAUGGAAGUGAAGUCCGGCGAUCACUCUGCAAACCCGAGCAUCACAAUUCGAGAAACAGUUAUCUUCCCCGACCAGGUGUUGUUUUUCCUGAAAUACCCUCCGUCGACUGCUUUAGUAACCAAAGACGACCUCAACUGCGUGUAUACACCCCCCAACUCAUCGGCGCAGCCCCUGCUCGACGUCACUCCGUCAUCAAUCGAAAGUGGGUCGUACGACAAGAACCACCACCAGAUUGUACGGUGCCCGCUCGAUCCACGUGGCGGGAUCGUGUCCCUUGCGGUUAAGCACAACCACGGUAACAACCUCUCAUCGGGCCCCACAUACAGAUGGAAUUCCCUAGCUUACGAAGCCAUGAUUGAUCAACAAGACAACUCAACAAUUGUUUUCGUCAAAGGACUUAAUCUAGGAUCAGGAAAAUCAGCUAACCCUUCAAAGUUCAAAUGCAUCUACGGCUCUCAUUUAACCGGCUCAAAUAACUCUGCUCUGUGGGCCGACGCCGUUUCCGCCGCCCAAGAAAUCGUCAGAUGCAGAACCCCUCUCAGCGUACUAAACAACACCACUUCUAACGGUUCCGUUAAGGUUUCCGUUAAAGUCGCCGGAAGAAAAACCCUAGAUUCCAUCGCACGUGUGAAGAAUCAUCAUCGUCAUCGUCAAUUAGGCCCUAAAAAAAAGCACAAAAUCUGCGUUUGCACCAUGCUGAGGAAUCAAGCUCGUUUUUUGCCCGAGUGGUUCACCUACCACGCGAGCAUCGGAAUCCGAAAUUGGUUCAUAUACGACAACAACAGCGACGACGAGAUUGAGCGCGUGGUCGAAUCGAUGGCCGGAGAGAACCACAGCGUGACACGUGUGGUGUGGCCGUGGAUCAAGAGCCAGGAGGCUGGGUUCGCGCACUGCGCGCUGCGGGCGAGGGAUUCCUGCGAGUGGGUAGGGUUUAUCGAUGUCGACGAGUUCAUUCAUUUGCCCUCAAAUUCAUCCUUGCUCGAUGUAAUUGACAGUCAAUCGAAGCUGCCUAGUAGUAGUAAUAGUAGAGAAGUGGGUGAAAUUAGGGUUUCCUGCCACGAUUUCGGGCCGUCGGGGCUGAAAGAGAUGCCGGCGAAGGGGGUGACGGUGGGGUACACGUGCCGGAUGGGCGCGCCGGAGAGGCACAAGAGCAUAGUUCGGCCGGAGGCGUUGAAUUCUUCGUUGAUAAAUUACGUACACCAUUUCCAACUGAAGGCGGGAUUCAGAGUAGUGAAUUUGAACAGAAGAGAGGUGGUGAUAAACCAUUACAAGUAUCAGGUGUGGGCGGUGUUCAAGGAGAAGUUUUAUAGGAGGGUGGCUGCUUACGUGUCCGAUUGGCAGGAGAAGACAAAUGUGGGGUCCAAGGACCGGACACCCGGUCUGGGAACCAAACCGGUUGAGCCGGCUGAUUGGUCCAGUAGGUUCUGCGAGGUCAACGAUACUGGAUUGAGGAAUCGGGUACUCGAGACUUUUACUGACCCGAAAACCGGCUUAUUAUGUUCGUUCUUCUUGUCCCAAAAACCGAGCAAUAUUUCUCGGAAACCCUAUUGUAAAAGCUUCAAGAAAACGAUGGAUUCAGAGGGCCCGAUCAAAAGCCCGGAAAAUCAAUCAAAGAAAGAGGCAGAAAUAAACGAAAAUGGUCAGAAAAAUGAAAACUUGUUCAGUCCAAGGUUUAGAUCGGUGGCGGCAAUGGCUGGUUGGGAUGAAGAGGCCCUUCUGAUUGCAAGCCUCAUCGUAGAAGACACCCCCGAUCGACAGUUCAAACAGAAGAGAAGAUCCGAUUUGCAGAGUUUUAAAACCCCACCCACAAAUUCAAGAAGAAAACGAAAGGCUCAGAAGAGAAGUCCUGCACCGGUUGUUGUUCUUAAUCUUGAUGAAGAUGACUCAAAUUCAAAACAAGAGGAUGAGAAAAUAAACAAGGAAGCAAAUAUCACUGAAGAAGUAGAGAAGAAGCAAGGAGAUGAUGAAGUGAACACCAAAGGAAGCAGUGUCUCCGGUUCGAUUCCCGCAAUUCCGUGCAUUGAUCGGCUUCGGGAGGAGCUUUCCUGUGCUAUUUGUUUGGAGAUAUGCUACGAGCCGAGUACCACGCCUUGUGGACACAGUUUUUGUAAGAAAUGUUUACGAUCGGCGGCUGAUAGAUGUGGGAAGAAGUGUCCUAAAUGCAGGCAGCUUAUCAGCAAUAGCAGAUACUGCACAGUGAACACAGUUCUUUGGAACACAAUUCAGCUGUUGUUUCCACAGGAAGUAGAAGCAAGAAAGCUGGCCGAUUCUUCAUCUUCCUCGGAUAAUCAAGAACCUAAAAAGGAAAGUCCACCAAAAACGAGAAGUCGUCAUUACACACGAAACAGAGGUGUUGAAGCCUUAAAUAGCCCACCGUCUGAAAACAGGGAUCAAGACAGAAGAACUCAACGUAUCAGAAACCGGAGUUUACGUGCUUCUUCUGCUAGUACAACAACAACAACAACAAGGGUAGAAUUGCCAAUUCAGGAUGAGGAUGCUGCAUUGGCAUUAAGAUUGCAGAGGGAAGAAUUUAUGGAGGCGUUUAGGGUACCACAACGACAACCGGAGGAUGAUUCUAGAAACUCGUUUGGUGUAGCUAGGGCUAAUUUGAGGGCGAUGGCUUCUAGGGCUAUUAACAUUCGAAUCAGAGGAAGAAAUGGCUACUAGACAAAGUGCUGUUCUUGAUCAAUGUAUAUGUGUUGAUCCUUUUAAAACUGGGAUUUGUGAAUGUUAAUUAGGUGCACGAGGUUUUCUAUAUACGUACGUUGACUUCCAUAUAGAUUCUAAAUAUAAGGUUCUUGUCUUUCCAGAA